CCACGUAGUCGCGCAGAAACCCGGAAGUGCUAAGCAGGUAUGUUUUCUUUUUUUUUUUUUUUUCUUUUUUAGUUGAAGGUAUGUGUGGUAACACAGGUGGACUCGGGAAGAUGUGACGAGUUGUUUUUUGUCGGAGAGAAAAGAUGGAGGCCUGCUUUCUGCGCUGGUUGCUGUUCGUCGCGCUGACAGCCUGGACGUUAGGAGACGACGGACAAGUGACUUUUGAGUCCGAGCUGUCGUCCAAACCCGCUCAGAAGUUGUCAAAGUAUGGCUGGUACGCCAACGUCAGGCUGCAGAGGUUCCACAUACCGGAGCAGACCGCCAUCGCUCGCUGGCUCUUCUCAGUCAAAAAGGGCCACAGCUUCAACUGUGGGCAGCACAAUGUCAGCAUCCACCUCCGAUGGGGCGCCCCUCCCGUCAUAAACCCAACAGAGACUGUGUUUCCAAAUGCCACGCUGUGGGGCCCCUCCUUGUCCCUGACUCUACCGGUAACCUCCCAGAGCUCCACGACCUUUAACCUCUCCGAUCCGGCCCCAGGGGACUGGUUUGUCGCUGCGCAUUUACCGGAGGACGACGGGCGCAUAGAGCAGAAGGGGUUCCCGUCCUGCUCCUAUUACUUCCAGCCCCAGCUGUCGGUCAGGAGAGCGGCGGACACGCCCGUUCUGCACCAGGGAACCGUCCUGACUCAAACCGCAGCCCCCGACAGACCCGCACGUCUCAAGUUGUUUGUGCCAGAGUUUACCUCGUCUCUCUCGGUUUCCGUGGCCGAGUGCUCGUCCGGCGAGGCGUCGGAGGGCGCGGGCUGCUCGCUGCUCCUCAGGCUGGGCUCGGCGACCCUGCAGCACGGCCAGACGGAGCUGAACUGCUCCGGCGUCAGCUGCUCCGCGUCCCUCUCUAACCCUCCGUGGGACUCGUGGCUGCGGGUCGUUGUGGAGAGCAGCCAAGUCAACCGAACUGUAACCUUCAGGGUUGGAUUCAACUACACAGUGGGAUGUAAGCCAAAGAGCGUAGGCCUCACAGCGGACGAUGACAUCACAAAGCUACUCGGCAAGAGCAGCGUCUCCAACGCCACGGCGACGGGGAACGGCUCGGCGCCGGCUCCUCCGGCGUCCGCGUGCGUGUGGAGCGUCCCCGUGCUCUACGAGGAGCUGGACGUUCUGUCGCUGCGGUACACCCCCAUCAACGGCUCCAACGUCAGCGUCACGGAAACGCACCCGACGCUGCUCACCUACCCGCUGCCCCCGCAGGCCACCGGGGGAACGCUCAACCUGCAGCUCACGCUCAAUUCUACUAAUGCAACUUUGGGGAAUAACAGCAUCGUGGCCUGUUUCUCUGCCUGGGCUCCAGUCCUCCAACUCAACCACUCUGAACCCUGCAGAACAGCUUUGUUUGGGGGAUACGCCGUCGGGAUCAAUGUCAGCGUCCCUAAAGCUGUGGUCAGGCUGCCUUUUCCUCAGUCCACAACAUGGUACCUCACCCUGCAGCUCCUAUGCAACAGCAGUGACUGCGGUAACGCCUCGGUGGUGUAUGUGGUCCCGGAGGUGUCCGUCAGCGCCUGUGUGGACGACUGCGGGCCGUAUGGUGAAUGUAGGCUGCUGAGAUCCUACACAUACCUGUACUCUGCCUGUGUUUGCUCUGCAGGCUGGAAAGGUUGGGGCUGCACCGACGGCUCCACCGCUCAGUCGUACGCCCGCCAGCUGACGGCAACCAUGUUGCUGACGCUCAGCAACCUGUUCUUCCUGCCCGCCAUCGUGGUCGCCAUCAGACGCUCCUACAUCACCGAGGCCUUCGUCUACCUCUUCACCAUGUCCUUCUCUACGUUCUACCACGCCUGCGACCAGCCAGGCGCUGUGGUCCUGUGCAUCAUGGACUACGACGCCCUGCAGUACUGCGACUUCCUCGGCUCCAUCUGCUCCAUCUGGGUCACCAUCCUCUGCAUGGCUCGCCUGGGAGACACAGCCAAAUACACUCUGUUUCUGCUCGGGGCCUUGCUCAUAGCCAUGUCAAUGCAGCUGGACCGCAAGGGCCUGUGGAACCUGCUGGGCCCCAUCCUCUGUGCCAUACUUCUCAUGGUCACUUCCUGGGUGUACAGGGGCGUCCGCCGGCGACACUGCUACCCGCCCUCCUGGCGCCGCUGGGUCUUCUACCUCCUGCCCGGAGCGCUGUGCGCCCUCAUCGGAGUGUGCCUGUACGUCUUCGCCGAGACGGAGAGCAACUACUACUACACGCACUCGCUGUGGCACAUCCUGGUGGCCAGCUGCGUGGUGUUCCUGCUGCCGCCGAGGGAGAAGGACCGGAAGGCGCUGGGCUGGAGCCGGGGCUUCAGCUGGAGCUGGAGGUGGAGCUGGAGGCCGCGGGUCUGGGUUCAAUUGGAAGAGUUUAAAACCCCAGAUGAAAUUUGAACAAUUAUUUACUGCCAGGCAGGUACUAUAAUACUAUCGAAUUUGUACUGUAUUCUAUCGCAUUCCUUGAAAAAUGGCGUAUCUGAUUACACCUCACAAAUCCACCUGACGGCAGGAAACUACUGCUGCUCAUCACAAUCACUUAUUGUCUUCACACAGCGUCAGAAUUCUGACAAUCACAUCUCAGUCUCAUGGCUGCAGAUCAGAACAACCUGGAUGAGGAAAACGAUGAAGAAAAUGUACGAAGAAAUCACAUUUACUGACUCUGUUAUUUGGGUAAGAUGGAAUCUUUCUGAACCUUCUGGAAAAGGCGAUUUAUGCCUUUGGUAAAUGCAGCAUCUUUUUUAUUUUAUUUUAUUUUAUUUUUUGCUGUUGUAGACCUAAGAUCACAGAGGGCUCUUAUCUGAACUCAUGUAUCUUCAGUAAAAUAACUCAUGAAUUUUGAAUAAGAUUCUGGAGGCAGCCAUGACGCCUGGUUACGACCCAGAUUUCUUUUAAAGACUUUUCAACGACUUUCAUUCGAUGACCUUUCACAUUUUAAUUGUAGUAGGUCACUCAUACAAAACCUGUCGAGGUCAGUUGUUCUCUUUGUUAUGCCUUUUUACUGCAAACUGUUUCUUUGUGAAGAAGAAAAUGCCUGCCCUUGUAGAGGCACAUGUCUCUGGUGACAUCACAAAAGACAUCCAAUCAGAGUUAUUUUCCUUAAGAAGGACAAAAAUUAUUAACUUGUUUUUAAUCCAGUUGGAGUCCAACUCAGCUGUGUGCCUGUAGCUAUGCAUCAAGCUAGAUAGCUAGCUAGCUAGAUGCAAAGCUUGCUCGCUAGCUAACUAGAUUUAGCUAGAUUUUACUGACUAAAUCUUUCUAGCUAGUGAAAAGAUUUAGCUAGCUUUACUAAGUCUUUUUAGCUAGGAAAAAGAUUUAGAUAGCUUUUACUUUCUAGCUAGUAAAAACAGUUAGCUAGAUUUUACUAACUAAAUCUUUUUAGCUGGUAAAACGAUUUGUUUUUUUUUACUAGCAAAGUCUUCUAGCUUGCUAAAUCAGACUAGCGAGCUAAAUCAUACGGAAUUCAGUUUUUUUUAUUACCCAGCGUUGUUUUUAUUGUCGUGCGUAUUGAACAUAACCUGGUAGGAAUAUUCUGCUUUGAACGAAGCCUCUUUGUGGAAGUAAAAUGAAGAAAGCGUUUUCUUUUCAAUAUACAGCCCAUAAAAUUACAACUCUAAGUUAAUAAGAUGUUUCUUUUUCACAGUUUCGGUGCGACAUGAAUCACUCAUAUAUGUAUAAAUCAACACUCGGUGAAUGUAUGCUAAGAUUACUGGCCAGUGCCUCUUCCUUUUGUCUUUUUUCUUUUUUUUAUUGCACUUUAUGUACUGCUCUCUCUCAGAGCAGAGCAGACGGAGGGGGCGGGGGCUUAGUCUCUUGUACCAGUAAAGCUACUGAUAUCCUGCUAUAUUUAAUCCAAAACUCUAUAAUUGUCUUUGAUCUAGUUUUUUCUUAAAAGCUUCCAUUUCUCUCUGUUGUGACUUUGCACACAUUUUCCCCCGAUUGUUCAAGACCUGCACAGCCUUCCUUUUAUUGCUUAGGUCGUUUCUUCAUAAAAUGUAACUUUGUCACUAAGACGCUGGAAUAUUAGGGGGGGGGAAAUAACAACUGACCACUGUGACUUACCGCGUUUUUUUUUUGUUUGUUUAUUGGUUUUUCUCAUCAAGGGAUAGAAAAUGUGAUUCUGUUUCUUGUCAAAAUGGAAUCGAGCCUCGGAGAAAUAAAUCUACUGUGCAAGAAGAAAAGAU